AAAAAAAAAAAAAAGGUUAUCGACGGCCCAGGGAACCCAUCUGCUGCUGUUCCGUUGAUUGCCGCUUCGCUUUCAUCUAAAACUUCAUCGCAAAUUUUGUUUCUCCGCAGUCUAUCUUUCGCCAGACCCUGGUCAUCAUUGCUUUUAUUUUUCCUCGAAUUGAUUAUUUGGUUAUUGACCGAUCCCUGUGGAUUUUACUCUCUCGAUAAAAACUCGAAGUUCAUCAUCAGCGCCCAGUCUGUUGUGUUUCCCUCUAUCAUUGAGCCGACGUCGCCACUCUCGGGGUUGCAGCUUUUGCUAUGAAACCCUCUGGUUCUUCUGUACCUUGACGGCGUGGUGCAACGCAGGGAACCUCCCUGCCUUGGAUACUAAUUUCUUUUUGAUUCAAUAUUUUGUUUUCUUCUUCGUAUCCUCCCUUGAUCACAAUCCUUCUUUCUUUUUCUUCUUUUUCUCCUUGAUACCCCGCGCAGCUUGUCAAAGCCCGCGAAUUACUCAUUAUGGCACCACUCCUUGGGGUCGACCAGGCCUCUUGUUCGAAGAGUCAGACUUCCCCUCAAAAGAAUAUCCUUUAUAUUGAUGCAUAUGACUCGUUUUCUUAUAAUGUGGUUGCUAUGCUGGAAGAGAUCUUGGGUGUCAAGGUAACCGUCAUGACCAUCGACUCCGAGUGGCCAGACGGCAACAUGAUUGAAUUCCUCCAACACUAUGAGGCUGUCGUUCUUGGGCCUGGCCCUGGAGAUCCGAAGGUUGCAAAGGAUGUUGGCAUCAUGAAAGACAUCUGGAAUCUUAACGAUGCCGACUUGAUACCCGUCCUUGGGAUCUGUCUAGGGUUUCAGGGUUUAUGCCUCCAUCACGGUGUCUCUAUAGAACGACUGCCAUAUCCGCUUCAUGGCCAGGUUCGUCGGAUUUCAACGGCUCGAAAAGAUAUCUUCCGGAAUCUACAGGACGUGGAAGUGACUCUUUACCAUUCGCUAUACGCUGAACUCGACUUGUCAAUAAACUCAGCGCAAGACGAUUCCAACGAUUAUGUUUGCGCGUCCAAUGAACUUGAUCUAUUGGCUUGGCUAUUUAUUGAACGCGAUGAUUCUUCAGUAACCCAGAUUCCCAUGUCUGUACGCCACAAGUAUAAGCCAUUAUGGGGCGUUCAGUUUCAUCCGGAAUCAUGCAAGUCGGAUAGGAAUGCAUGUGAUGAAUUGCUCAGGGGGUGGUGGGAAGCAUCACUCAAUUUCAACAAAAAGGUUGGGCGUGGAGGUUAUGGCAACCUACCUGAGGAUAUCAUCAAGCGUUCAUAUGAUAUGACUUCUCUUCCGGAUGCUGCAUUUGCCAUGUUAAAAUGGAGUACUUCUACUUCAGGAUAUUCAGCCCACCGAACCUUCUCAGCCAAAAGCUUGACCGCGGAAGCAAUUUGUGCAGAACUGAAUGGUCCAGAUUCGCCAACUGUCCUGUUUCGAUCCAAUGGAAGAUAUAGCAUCAUAUCAGUUCCUAGCCCUGGUUCCUGGAGAUUAGAGUACUACGCCCAGUUUGAGAAGUUGUUGCUAGAAAGCCUGGGGGACGAUUGCAAUGCAGAUGCGGAGAGAAUUGUCGAAAAUUACCUUUCGGUUUCUCAAUUUUGGGACGUCCUCAGGUAUUUGAUGGAAAUGAAAAAGGUCGACUCAGGGGACCUUAAUGUGCCUUUCUGGGGUGGCUUUUUGGGUUAUUUCUCAUAUGAAAUGAGCCUUGCUUGCCUUCCCCAUGGAAAAUCCACGGCUGAGGUUCCUCCUCGAGGCAAUGGCUCUCGGGGAUCUUCUACUCAGACUGGUCUCUCGAUCGAAGAUCCAGCGGACGUGAGUUUGCUAUGGACCGAGAGAAGUGUCGUUGUCGACAAUCAAACAGGGAAAGUUACCGUACAGUCAACGCGAGAGUCAGAUGAUUUGCCAGCUGAAUGGCUUGAUCAGACUUUGCAAUUAUUGGAAGGAAUUUGCAAUUCCAGUGCGCCGGUCAAGGAUGAGAACAGCGUUGAGGAUGGAAAAUUCCUGGAUUCCGUUCUCAAGGACAGCAUCAUCCGCUUACCGGACCAGCAAACUUACUAUGACCAGUUGGAAGCUUGCAAAGCUGAGCUUGAGGCCGGUGAAUCAUAUGAAUUGUGUCUCAGCUGCGAAACAACCAUUUCCCUACCGUCACCUAACACGGAGAACGGUCGUGCCAGCUUUCCUUGGAAGUUGUACCGGCGUCUCAAGAAGUACAACCCCGCUGCAUUUAGUGCCUAUGCGAAAUUAGGCAAUGUCAAAAUCGUGAGCAGCAGUCCUGAAUGCUUUCUCAAUUGGGACCGACAUUCCAUGCUCGAAAUGAAGCCUAUGAAAGGCACGGUGAGGAAGUCAGGCGAUAUGACCAUGGAGAAAGCCAAAGAGAUCCUUGGCUCCACAAAGGAAAUGGCGGAGAACCUCAUGAUCGCAGACCUAAUUCGACAUGAUCUUUACGGUAUUUGUGGCUCUGGUGGUGUUCGCGUUGAGAAGCUCCUGGAGGUGGAGGAUCAUGGGCGAGUUUUCCAGAUGAUCACCCAUGUUAAAGGAGAAGUAGAUCAACAUCGACCCGGUUUUGCGGUGCGAGACAUGUCACAACUCAAGACAUCGAAUAUGUCCGUCCAUGGGCUCACUGCUCUCCAGAGAUGUCUUCCACCAGGUUCAAUGACCGGUGCACCCAAAGAACGUUCGUGCAUGCACCUCCGUUCGAUCGAGGGUCGAAACCGUGGGAUUUAUUCCGGGGCCAUGGGCUAUCUUGACCUCGGUGGCGGGGGAAGUUUCUCGGUCAUGAUCCGCACUGCUUUUACUUCUUCAAAUGACCAUGACGAUCAGCACGUAUGGCGAAUUGGUGCUGGGGGAGCUGUUACUACCCUAAGCACUGCUGAGGGUGAAUGGGACGAGAUGUUGACCAAACUGCGAACUGUCUACAACAUCUUCACGCCAUUGAACCCAGAACAGAGUUCAACCAGCUUUAGCAAGCCAUAGGCUUUCUACAAUUUCUUUUUCUUUUGGCUUUUGCAUUUUGUUUUUGGGAACGGCUUUCAACAUUUGCAUCGCGUUUGCGUUGGGCAUAGAUGAUAGAGAUCAGAUUCAACAUUCAGCGUCGGGGUUCUGGUCCGGUUUUUAUUUAUUAUUAUUUGGAUACUAUCUUUCAGUGCAUCUUACGCGGGUAUUAUGAUUUUUGAACGAAUCAUCGUUGAAGUUUGAUGAUAUAUCUACUCCGUGGUGAAAUAUAGAUUCAAUUGGAUCAGCGUAUUUGUGCUUCAUUUAUUGCGCAAGCC